AUGGAGUGGUCUGAAGAGAACGCAUUGUUGUUAAUAGCUGAGUAUAAGGAUCGACCGAUUUUGUGGGACUUAUCGCACCCUUUGCACUUCCACAAGGUCAAGCGAAGAGAUGCAUGGAAUGAAAUAUCAGCUGUCAUUGGAAGACCACCAACUGAACUCAAAAAGAAAUGGGAUAAUCUGUUGGCUUCUUUUCGACGGGAACGUACCAAAGUGACUAAAGUGGAGACAGGAAAAGAUGCUGACGGUGCUCAUUAUGCUGGAUCUUGGUAUGCUUUUGAGGCUAUGCGAUUUACAAUGGAGAAGAAUAAGCCCAAGUCUGUGCUGAAUACGGGGUAA